AGGCAUCUAACUCCGGAGCAGCUUGAAAUGGCGACAUUGCAACUGUAUGAGCGAGGUGGUUAUAGUCCCAGAUAUGGCGACAUUAACGACACAAUGCCAGGUAUUGAGAUUCUGGAUGAGGAUGCUGAUAUGAAAGAUUUACUAGAGAGAAGAAGAGAGCAUCGAAAACAACCUGCUGGUAUAACGGUAGGUUUAUGCAUGCAUCCUUUCCGAAUCAUGAAAUUAUGA